GUUUAUCUGAUUUUUCUUGAGCGCAGCAACAAGAAGCAUCGCAAUCCUGGCUUGCUCAACAGGCACCCGGGCCAGACGGCUGCAGUCUUCCUUAAGUGGUCAUGUGCAGUUUAGUCAGCCCUUGCUCUUUAUCAGCUGGGAUGAGUGAGAGGGCUGUGAAGAGAGGGCUGUGGGAUGCCGCCUAAAUCAAUGACAAGAGCUAGAGCUGUGAAUGUUGACAAAAGAGAUAUUAUCAACAAUUUUGUCAUUCUCUCUUGCACUCAAAUGCUGUGCAAAUGCUAAUUUUGCCUGGCUUCAACACGUCUCAGCGAUGCUUGAUCCCUGCUGCUCCCAUUUUACAGGCCAGUUGAAUCAUCUACACAAGACUUAAAGCCUGGAGAAAAUAUGAUUUGCACGAAUAAGCUUAUGAGACCAGAAUGAAAUCAAAAGAGCUUUCCUAUGAAAAGCAAAAAUGACCACAUGGUUAUGAUACUUAAAAUCUAUGAUGCCUCCUGCCAUGGCAGAUGCCCUGGACAUCUGGGCAGGAGAUUCACAGAUUGCAGCAGAUGGCUCAAUCUCUCUGGACUGCCUUCUUCCCACAGGAAUUUACAUCAGCCUAGAUGUCCCUCGAGAUGCCACUAUCUGUUAUAUCAAGCAGCUAUUAUGGAAGCAAGCACAUAGCUAUCCUCUAUUUCAUCUUCUUUUGGAGAGCGACUCCUAUAUGUUUUCCUGUGUGAACCAAACAGCUGUACGUGAAGAACUGGAGGAUGAGACACGAAGACUUUGUGAUGUUAGACCAUUUCUUCCUGUCUUUCAACUUAUUACAAGAAGUUGUGACCCGGGGGAAAAGUUUGACUCCAAAAUAGGUGUACUUAUAGGAAAAGGUCUCCAUGAGUUUGAUGCCCUACAAGAUCCAGAAGUCAAGGAAUUCCGGAUUAAAAUGCGGCGAAUUAGUGAAGAGAAGAUGCAGUCACUUGUGGGGCUAUCUUGGAUGGACUGGUUAAAGUACACUUACCCAGCAGAAUUAGAACCAUCAAUUCAAGACAACCUCCAAGAUAAACUUUAUGGUGGCAAUUUAGUUGUGGCCAUUCAUUUUGACAGCUGUCAGGAUGUAUUCAGUUUUCAGGUAUCUCCUAAUAUUAACCCUAUCAAGUUAAAUGAAAUGGCAAUUCGAAAACGUUUGACUAUUCAUGGAAAAGAAGAUGAAGAAGUUGAUCCCUAUGAAUAUGUGCUUCAAGUUAGUGGAAGACUGGAAUAUAUCUUUGGGGACCACCCAUUAAUACAGUUCCAGUAUAUUCAUCAUUGUGUGUUGAACAGAGCUCUUCCUCAGCUGACUCUUGUUGAAUGCAGCACCAUAAAAAAAAUGUGUGACCAAGAAAUGGUUGCCACAGAAGCUGCCAUAAAUCGAAAGCAAUUAAACCCGCCUCUUCCUCUACCCCCCAAGAAAUUGCGUGCAAUUCAAAGUGUAUGGGAUAUCAGUCACCCUUUCAAAGUUAUUCUGGUAAAUGGCAACAAGUUGAACACAGAAGAAACUGCCAAAGUUCAUGUCAGGGCUGGUCUCUUCCACGGAACUGAGCUCCUUUGUAAGCCUAUCGUAAGCUCAGAAAUAUCUGGGAGAAAUGACCAUGUUUGGAAUGAACCCUUGGAAUUUGAUAUCAGCGUCUGCGAUUUGCCAAGAAUGGCUAGGCUGUGCUUUGUGGUUUAUGCUGUGAUGAAAAAUAAAAAGUCAGGCAGGCCACUUAAUCCACCCAAAUACCAGACCAUUAGGAAAGCCGGGAAAGUGCACUAUCCUGUAGCAUGGGUCAAUACUAUGGUGUUUGAUUUUAAAGGACAGUUGAAAACGGGCGAUUUCACACUGCACAGCUGGUCAUCCUUUCCUGAUGAACUUGAAGAAAUGUUGAAUCCAAUGGGAACAGUACAAACCAAUCCUUACACUGAAAAUGCAACAGCACUGCAGAUAAGAUUUCAAGAGUAUUCAAAAAUGCCUAUUUAUUACCCUCCCUUUGAUAAGAUACUUGAAAAAGCAGCUGAAAUUGCAAGAAACAGUGAAUGUUCUGCUAUGGCAGGCCGCGGUGGCAAAAAGUUCCACAUUGAGUUAAAGGAGAUAAUGGAACGGGACCCCUUAUCUCAACUGUGUGAAAAUGAGAUGGAUCUAAUUUGGACUUUACGGUAUGACUGUCGUGAAAAUUUUCCACAAUCACUGCCAAAGUUGUUGCUCUCGAUAAAAUGGAACAAGCUUGAAGAUGUUGCUCAGCUUCAAGCUCUUCUUCAGAUAUGGUCCAAACUGCCUCCCAGAGAAGCAUUAGAGUUACUGGAUUUCAAUUAUCCUGAUCAGUAUGUAAGAGAAUAUGCAGUGGGCUGUUUAAGGCAAAUGAGUGAUGAAGAGCUUGCUCAGUAUCUUCUGCAGCUUGUGCAGGUACUGAAAUAUGAACCUUUUCUCGACUGUGCCCUCUCCAGGUUCCUGCUAGAGAAAGCAUUGGCAAAUAGGAGGAUAGGACAGAUGCUGUUUUGGCAUUUGAGGUCAGAAGUGCACAUACCUGCAAUUUCAGUGCAGUUUGGUGUGAUACUCGAAGCAUACUGCCGUGGAAGCAUUGCUCACAUGAAAGUACUUUACAGACAGGUAGAAGCACUGAACAAGAUGAAGACUUUGAAUAAUCUAAUAAAACUGAAUGCUGUGAAACAAAGCAGAGCUAAAGGAAAAGACACAAUGCACACCUGUUUAAAACAAAGAGCAUACAAAGAAGCCCUUUCCAAUAUCCAGUCCCCCCUGAAUCCUUCUGUUUUACUUUCAGAACUGCAUGUUGAGAAAUGUAAAUAUAUGGACUCUAAAAUGAAGCCUUUAUGGAUAGUAUACAAUAAUAAGGUGUUUGGUGGAAGCUUGGUGGGGAUUAUCUUUAAAAAUGGAGAUGAUCUACGGCAAGACAUGUUAACACUCCAGAUGUUGCGACUGAUGGAUUUACUUUGGAAAGAGGCUGGUCUAGAUCUUAGAAUACUGCCUUAUGGUUGUUUAGCAACAGGAGAUCAUUCUGGCUUAAUUGAAGUAGUUUCUUCAUCUGAGACCAUUGCAGAUAUUCAACUAAAUAGUAGUAAUGUUGCUGCUGCUGCUGCAUUCAACAAAGAUGCCCUCUUAAAUUGGCUCAAAGAAUACAAUUCAGGAGAUGACUUGGAUCGAGCUAUUGAGGCAUUCACUCUAUCUUGUGCUGGCUACUGUGUAGCUACUUAUGUGCUGGGCAUAGGAGACAGACAUAGUGACAAUAUCAUGGUUAGAAAGAAUGGUCAGCUCUUUCAUAUAGAUUUUGGGCAUAUUCUUGGAAACUUCAAAUCCAAAUUUGGAAUUAAAAGAGAGCGGGUGCCUUUCAUUCUUACCUAUGAUUUUAUCCAUGUGAUUCAGCAGGGGAAAACUGGAAAUACUGAAAAAUUUGGCCGGUUUCGCCAAUGCUGUGAAGAAGCAUACUUGAUUCUGCGAAGACAUGGGAACUUAUUUAUCACUCUCUUUGCACUGAUGUUAACAGCUGGACUUCCAGAGCUAACCUCUGUUAAAGACAUCCAGUACCUAAAGGACUCCCUUGCCUUAGGAAAGAGUGAGGAAGAAGCGCUAAAGCAGUUUAAGCAAAAAUUUGAUGAAGCACUCAGAGAAAGCUGGACUACUAAAGUGAACUGGAUGGCACACACUGUUCGGAAGGAUUACAGAUCCUAGGGGACUUAUGAAUUUGCACUAAGCUUAAAGUUACCCUGACAUUAAAGUGUUCAAAGGGAGACAGCAGACCCUUUCUAAAAAUGGACCCAAGGGAAUUUCCUGAAUGACUCCUGAUUAUUUUGCACUCUGCUUUGGAAUGCUUUGAGAAGAUUCUGUAAAAUUUAGCAAAUGUUCUCAGUAAUCACUUCUGCUGACUUUGCACGCUGAAAGCUACUACCAAGCUUUUAUAUUAUUGUUUGAUACAUUGAGAAGCUGUAAAUAUUUGGGAUUUUAUAUGUUGGGCAAGGUGCUCUAACUUGAUCUAGAUGAACUGAUUGCUAAACAGCAUCAGAGGUGUUUUGGAUGUCUUUGAAUUUUGUUCAAGUGAACAUUGUGUGUGUAUAUAUACAUAUUUUUUACUGCCAUAAACAAAUUCAUUCUACUGUAAAUAACAACUUCCAGGCCGUGAUGCAGCAGGAAACUAUCUUGAACUGCUUCCAGAAGAAGAGAUUUGUACAUGUAAUAAUGGGAAAAAUAUUUAAAGAGAUGGAUUCUUUUGCUCAGAGUGUAAACAUGUUUUCAAUUUAUGUAGCCUGCAUUUAUUUGCGACAGCCAUGGUCUCUGGGAAAAUUCCACCUCAACAUUGACUGCCUUUGAACUGUAUUGACCAUCUACUUUAAAAUCCUGCAAUAUCUGAGCUUUUACAGGAGCUUCAAUAAAAUUUUGGCCUCUUUUCCAGUGACAUCCAUCAUAACUGUACUGUCAAGAUACAUGGUGAUAUAUACAUGCAAAGCCUAUAUUUAAAUAUAAAUAAAACAUGCUUAUGAGGCACAUACAUUCCAAAAUGAGAAAAGUGUGUGUCAGUGCCAAAAUAUUUAUGUUUUUAAAAACCUAAAAUGCAGCAUUUUAAUAAGCAACUUCAAAGUAGAAUCAAAUGUGUUCUUUACUGUGUUUCUUAAAGCCUGCCAUGAUAUUGCUUGUCUUGUCCAGAAUGCCUGUGUUCAACCUAAAUCUAUUAAUGUACUGGAUUUAUUUUAAUUAAUCAAAUGAGGUACCAUAUUUCAAGGUGCUUAACAGAAGGGCAGUUCAAGCUAAAAGUGCAAUAGGUUUAAAGAUGUUAACAUGAAAUGUUUUAAAACACUGGCGAGGUGAACUAACUACUGCUUUCUCACCAAAGAACACUUGUGGCUCUUAGUUUUGGUGGUGAAUGAAUGAAAGUAAUUGUAUAUAAAGUUACCUUUGGAUCAAAGCAAUGAUUUUAAAAUAAUAGCAUUAAGGACAAUUCUACUUUGUCAGAGGAUUGUGUUUCUCUAAAGAAAACUGUAGACAUUCGGAAAUAGUUCUCAGUUAGAUUUUGUCAAUCUUCAAUUUGUGAAACUAUUUGAUGGAGAGUUUGUGAUAAAUGUGAAGCUAAGUUGCAAUUCUUCCUCUCCCACAUGCAGAGUAGUGGGGAGAGGCUUUCCUUAUGAAGAGGUGUACAAGCAAAAAAUAUUUGUUCAGCUACUUGGUUUUCGUAAUUAAAAUAUAUUACUUUUAGUAA